AUGGUGGUGGUGGAUAGGAGAGAGGCUUUCAUUGUUUCCACGGCGAGCCAUUUCUUCGGGAUUUCCCCGAAUAAUGCGCUGGAGCCUGAGGACCACAUGGUUCUCGAUAGAUUUCUCGAUACCCCUCAAUCUAGAACUUUGUGCGCUCAACCCGGAGAGUCUGAUGACUCCUCGCAUUUGAGGCUGAGUAAUGAGGCAUCUGGUGGGAAGAAUACACUGGUAUUCUUCAAGCUAUCCGCAUCAUCCAUCACGAACGACAACUUCCACGAGCUAGUGCAGGUAGCUUCGACCGGCGGGAACUCAGGAUCAGCGCUGAUAGAAGCCCUCCGCCAGGUAUGGGCCCCAACCCUCGAGUCCUCCGGUCUCAGCACCUCCUACCUCAAGAAGCUCGAAGAGGACCUCCUGGGGCCGCGCCCGGCGUCGACCCUCCUCGAGGAGGAAGCCUCCUUCCGCAAGAAGAAGGAAGACGCGAAGAGGUCCAGCGACCGAAAACUGUUCGAAGAAGCCUGUAGAAUCGUAAAAGACAUACGAGUCGAGCUGGAGACCGCAGCGAUCUCCCGGGACGGUCUAUCAGCCGCCGAAGAAGUCCUCGAGGCGGUCGCAGGGAGCGUCGACGACCUCUGGAAGUUGGACGGUCCCGUCUACUCCGAAGAUCAAAUGAAAUCCCUUCUGAACAUAAUCGGUGACGAAGUGGUGGCUCUAGUGCAGUCCCUUCUGGACGAAAUCCGCGGGGCGGAGGUGCGAAUGCGGGACGAGGCCUUCAAGACAGCUGCCAACGUCUGCGAAAAAUGGGUGAGCGUCUCCCAGCGUCUGACCACCCUCUUCUGGCCACACCACUCCCUCCACCCCUGGAGAGGCUCGUCCUUCUCGCCCCCCAGAUGCUCAAAAUUCGCCGACAGAUUGAGACAAGCGUCAGAAGUUCGUCUGCAACAUCGUCAGCUGACGCGACUACUGACGGAAAACGAGAGAUCACUCCUGGGAACUGAGAAUCUCCUCCAGAACUUCGACGACAUGAAGCUCGUUCUGGGGGAGGAGGAGAAGGACCUGGAGUGGGAGCGAUUGAAGAGGAGACUGGAGGAGGGUCUGGCGCCGGCUGAAGAGCGCGUGACGGAAAAGCUGAAGAAGCAAUUCGCUGGGGCGGGGAGUCCAGCGCUCCUCGUCGGGGAGUUCCAGAGGUACGUUGAACUGAUGAAGCGGGAGGGGAUCAAGAGGUCGUUACGAACCGAGCGGGAGUCCCUGCUGGCAGCUCUAGACGACCUCGUCGAGACCUACCAGAGCGGUCCGGACACUGAGGACCUUCUCGACGUUCCGAGAAUCCUCCAGGAGGUUCAGGCAGCGAGAGCGGCCGAAGUCAAACUGGAGGGUCUUCAGGGUCUAUCGAAAGACCUGUUGUCUGACCUCCCCGGGUUCAAGGACGCCCUCUCCAGGAUCUCGUCGGCGAUGAAAGACGCUGAGAGUCGGCGCCAGAGCCUCGUGGAGACCUGGGUGAACGACACGAGAGACGCCAUCAACAGCAAAGAGUUGACGCUUGGCGCGGAUUCAGCGGUGGUCGAACUGGUGGGUUCGAGCAUGAUGAAGGUGAAUUACGACCCCAGGUUGACGCAGCUGGUUAAGGAAGCCAGAGCACUCUCUGGGCAGGGUAUAGAGCUUCCUCGAGAGAUAAGAGAACUUGUGGAGCGCGCGGGGGCGCUCGCUGGGCGGGCCAGAUCUCUUCAACAAGUGGCCAACUUUCAUAACACUAUUGGAGACCGGAUGGUGCCCUCCCAGAGGCCUCUCAUGCUGGCCACGGCCUUGGAGCUUGCCAGGGCCGUUCAUGAGCAGUCGGGGGUCGUCUGGUCGGACCUCCACGCGGUAGACGUCUACACCGCACGUCUCAGGGAAUUCGUUCGGAAAUUCGCGAGGCAGAAUUCGGAAUUGGCAGCUAAACACGUUUAUCUGAGGGAUUUGGUCGCUGGGUUGUUGAAGGGAGAAGUCGUGAAUCUCGUUGGGAGUCAGUCGGCUUGGAAGGAUGCCCUUAGGAACAUGAGGUCCGUUGUUGACGAGGUCGAUUCGCAUUAUGGUAACACCAAAGCCUGGAAGCUGCACUGGGACCGACAGCUGCUGAAGGUCCUCGGGGUUGCUUACAGGGCGGCUCUUCCGAAUCUAAUCAGAAAACUCCAGGAGAUCAGGGUAGAGCUGACGUUCAGGGACGGUUGUCUUCAGUGGCGCCCGCCCCUCGAGGAAAUUCGGGCCAAACUCUACUCCGGGGUCAGGAGAUUCCUCGCGAUUCCUACGAACUUCCGGGGAGUUGGUGAUCCUGCUGACGGGAAAUUCGGAAGUCUCGUGCAGAGGAGUGCCUAUUUGUACGGGGGGGUUUAUAAGGAAGCGGAAGUGGCGCUUUCCGGUCUCGAGGAGGUGAGGAUGAAGUGGGUUCCACUCGCUGCACCAGCGAGGGUCGAUAUUGGAGAGCAGUUGAAGGGAAAGCCUCCGCAGGAUUGGGAGAGAGCUUUCAAGGAUGCGAAGCAGUGGGCGCAGGAAGUUGGGAAGCUCCGGGGAGGGGAGGUCAGGGUCUGGUGCCUGUGCAUCGACACUUCCACCACGAGGAAUGACUUGGAAUCGGCUUCGAGGAGGUACUGGGACCGGUUGUCCUCGGAUCUGAGGGCAGAGGCUUCCUCGAGACUGGUGGGAGUGGUGGAUUUCUUGUCGGCUGCUGCUAGGGAAUUGGAUCGACGGCCGAAGGAUGUCGAGGAGGUCGGGCUUGCGUUUGAAGCGCAUAAGAGAAUCACGGAGGAGUCCGCGGGGAUUGGGGGGGAGUUGGAGGCUGUGACCGGACUGGCGAGGGUCAUGGCUGCUUGGACCAGGGAGAAGCUGGAUGGGAUCUCUGGAGCACAUGCUGCUUGGGAGGGGCUUGCGGAUCGUCUAGAAAGGCACAAAACAGUUGUUGCGCGUCAGUUGGAAGAUGCGAAGAUAAAUUUACGUCAUCGAGCAGUCGCCCUGAGGGACGAGAGGGAGAGGUGGGAGGCUCGCUGGUCCGACAAACCGGAAACCGUCACCCUGGACUGGGUCGCCUCGAUGAGGGAACGGUGGACAGCUCUGGAAGAGCAGAAAGACUCACUGAUAUCCGACUGCACUAGGGUAGGACUGAACCUCGAUGAAAUCCUCGAGGACGACGUUGAGGUGUCGAGACGGCUGGAAGCGGAGCUCGACGCUGAGGAGUCCAACUGUCGAUUCCAGGAGGAGUUCGUGAAGGAGCUUGAGAAUCAAGAGGCCGAGGAGUGGAGUGUCGCUCGGAGGAGGCUUCCCCGACUCCAUGACUGGUUGGACUCGUGGGAGGCGAGGAUCAAGGUCCACUUGAAAGACCCGGAGGAGGCGAGAUCGGAGCAGCAGAAGGAGGUCGUGGAAGUUGAUACUUUUGUGGGGAAGAAGAUCAAGGAAGUCCGGAGUGGCAUCGAGUGGGUGCAAAUUCUGAGGGGAGACGAACUUGCUGAGGAACACUGGAAUGAUCUGAAGGGGGUCAUUGGGGUCGGGGGGAAUAUGAGGGACAUUACUCUGGGGCAUUUGCUGAGAGCCGCACCGAUGAUCAAAGAAAACGUCGAGAAAGUUAAGGAAAUAUCGAGACGAGCAACAGCCGAGAGUGGAAUCCGCCAGGCGCUGAUAGAACUGGAAGCCUGGGAAGCGUCCGCCUCCCUGCACCUCCAGCAGUCCAAAGACAGUAAAAACGCCCCGAUUCACCUAGUGGGCGAGUACGGGGAGCUCCUCGCCCGCGCCGGAGAGCUGAAGCUCCUCCUGGAGGGUGCGAAGGGCGCCUCGGGCUACGAGAGGUUCGCAGCUCGCGCAGCUCGUUGCGAGACCGCCCUCGUGGAGCUCGAGGAGAGGCUCAAGGCCCUGGGCUCCUUGCAACGAAAGUGGGUGUACCUGGAGCCCGUUUACGGGAGCGGAGCAGCCCCGAGUGACUCGGGGAAGUGGGCGAGGGCUGACAAGGAGUUCCGUUACUUGAUGGGCGAAGUCGCCCGGGAUCCGCGGGUUCCGUCGCUGCGGCGGCUCCCGAUGCCGGCACUAGUGAGCCUGAAGGACUUGCUGGACAGGUGCCAGCGGAGUUUGGACGAGUUCUUGGAGGAGAAACGAUCGGCCUAUCCUCGGCUGUACUUCCUCAGCGAUGAGGAUCUCCUAGAGCUGAUUUCAGGCAGCGCUGCGGGUCUCGACGCCCAUUUGCCGAAAUUAUACCAGGGAAUUGGCUCCGUGCAACGAGAGGAUGGACGAUUGACGGCUGUUGUCUCACCGGAGGGGGAAAUACUGGCGCUGCCGGUCUCCAUCGACCUCUCCGAUCCUCUGCCCACGUGGCUGUCGAAUCUCGAGGAAGUCCUGAGGAAGGCGCUGGCCCAGAGCCUGGAGAAAUGUCUCGUGGACCCCAACGCCGAUCCCUCUCUCUAUCCGGCCCAGGUCCUCCUGCUCUCGGAGAGAAUACACUUCACUGAGAGGUGCGAGUCAGCCCUGCAAGGCGGAAAAUCCGCGCUUAAGAGACUCGUUGAGUUUCUGGAGACUCAGAGGGCCAAGUUCAGGGGCUUGGAGGACGCCGGGGACCCCUUGACGGCGCAGAAGGCGAGGAGCCUCCUCCUGGACACAGUUCACCAUCUUGACAUCACGAGGAAUCUGAUGAAGAUCGUGGAGAGGGGGGGGCCGACCAGGUGGACGUGGAACCGACAGCUGAGGUUCUACAGGUCUCGGCUGGGACCGAUUGUCAAGUGCGCGGGGGCCGAGUUCUCUUACAGGUUUGAGUAUCACGGGGCCGCGAUUGGGCUGGUAAGGACCCCCCUGACGGAACGGUGCUUCUUGGCUUUGACGCAAGCGAUGAAGCUGGGACUUGGGGGCAGUCCCACGGGACCCGCGGGGACUGGGAAGACUGAAAGCGUCAAGGCUCUUGCUGCGAUACUCGGGAGACUCGUGCUUGUCUUCAAUUGCGAUGAAGGAAUGGACGCAGGGGUCAUGAAGAGGAUUCUAGGGGGUCUAGCGCAGGCGGGUGCAUGGGGUUGUUUCGACGAGUUCAAUCGCCUGGAGGAAAAAACCCUGAGUGCAGUGGCGAUGUUGGUCCGUCCCCUCCAGGAAGCCGUGAGGGACGGUUCCACCCAAGUGAGCCUCGGGGAUCAAGUGGUGAAUCUGGACCCCCACUGCUGCGUAUUCAUCACGAUGAAUCCGGCUGGGGACGACUACGGAGGCAGGAAUAAACUGCCGGAUUCCCUGGCGAGACUCUUCAGGCCCAUUGGCAUGGCUCACCCCGAUCGCUACGACAUCGUCAAGUCCCUGCUGGAGUGCGGAGGCUUCCUGGAGGCCUCUUCCCUCGCUCAUCAAGUCGUCGAGACCCUGGACAUAUCCGAGAAAUUGUUGUCCAAGCAGCCGCAUUAUGACUGGGGCCUGCGAGCCCUCAGGUCCGUCCUGGACGCUGUCUCCCCCUCAGGCACUCAAACGGAGUCCGAGAGGCUCCUCGAAGCCAUCAGGGCAGCCAUUCUUCCAAAAUUGACUGAAGAGGACACUGAUAGAUUCCUGGAGCUCCUCAAGGACGUUUUCCCGAGGACGAGUGCCUCGGAAGUGAGCGAUUCCGAGGUGAAACGCGAGUUGAGAAAGGUUCUGGAGGAGAUCUGCCAGACCAGGAGCAUUCAGGGAGAGGUGGCCAGUCGCUGCGAGCAGCUGUACGAUCAACUCAAAAACAGAACUGGAGUUGCGAUAGUCGGCCCUCCGGGCUGUGGGAAGACUCUCGUGAGGAAUGUGCUGGGCGAGGCUCUGGGAAGGUCUGGAGACACCGUCAAGCAGAUUCUGAUCUUCCCUGGGGCCAUCCCCAAGACUAGACUUCUGGGGAAAGUCGAUCCACAGACUAGGGAGUGGAAGGAGGGCCUGUUGUCCUCGGCAAUCGCCUCAGCAGGUUCAUCAGCCCUGUGGAUCGUUCUGAAUGGCGAUGUUGAGCCUGGAUGGGCAGAGGCCCUCAACUCAGCUCUGGAUGACAACAGAUUGCUGACACUACCAAGUGGUGUGGGAAUAAAAUUGGGGGCAGGAGUGAGGUUCAUCUUCGAGACCCACAAGCUGUCUGGAGCCAGUCCAGCCACAGUUUCUCGUCUGGGUGUUGUGCACCUGGGGAGUGCAGGUCCCUCUGCCUUCCUAACGUCCUCCAGACUCGACGAAUUGCCACCAGUGGCCAGGAACGUCGCCAGUGCUCAUCUUCCUGCGGUCGUUGGAGCUGCUCUCAAGUUCUCUGGAGAGACAAUCUCUGCUUCUGGACUCAUUGGAGCGGUUUUCCCGCAUCUGGUGAAGGCCACUUCCAUGAAUCUCGUGACUCAGGGACUGAUUCUGACAGUUUGUCUGCAGCUGGAGAAUGAUAGUAGCAGGGAGGAGACUGCCAGGUUGAUUUACCAACUGACUGACUCCUGGUGUCCAGACCCAGAGAGACCCCUUAAUAUUCUCUACAACCCUGAGCUCGAUCGUCUGGAACCCUUCUCCGAGGUUCAGACAUCAGUCAACACCGAAGAGGGGCCUGUUUCGCUCUCGAGUGUUCUGCAGCAAGGGCUAGUGACGAUCCUGCCCUGGAUCGAGUCUGGGCAAGCGAUUCUCCUGAGGGGUCCCAGGGGCAGCGGACGCAGCAGUCUCAUCUCUGCGGCCCUAUCAUCUCUGAAGGAUGGUUUAGAGUCUCUCAGUGUGGUCAAAGGGUCUUCCCUGUUCGGCCCCCAGGAUUUAACAGCCAGGCUCAAGAGAGCUUGCGUUAAACUUGAAUCUUCAGUGCAUGGGAGGACUUACAGGCCCAGGAGUGGGGGGAAAGUCGUUCUGGUAUUGGAGGACAUCCAUCUGGCUUCUGAAGACCUUCAGGAGCUCGUCCGCCAACUCCUCCAAGAGGGUGGUUUCCACGAGGAGGACCUGGAGUUCGCGACCCUCCCAGUAACCCUCAUCUCCACAGCGGACACAUCAACGAAUCUCCAUCCAAGACUAAGCUCCCUCCUGGCAGUGCACCGCCUCCCCCACCCGACACCCAGAGCCACAAUUUCCAUAGCCGAAGUUCACCUCGAGAGCUCCCUGAAAUCCCUGAAGAUCCCCUCGACCUGGAUCUCCACCCUCGCCAGCGCGAUGCACGAGUCCCUCUCCUCAGUCUCUUCCCACAAAAAUUCGACCUUCUCCUGGAGCUCAAGAGACCUGGCCCAGUGGGCGAGGGCCCUGGAGUCCUACCCAGCCCCAGAGCACACAAACGAGAUCACCCAGUACCUCCUGGACUCUGGGAAACGACUGUUCUACCCAAAGCUGCCAGCAAAGGAACAGACCCGUUGGAGAUCCUCGUUGAUAUCCAGAAUCCCCGAGUCGAGUGAUCUAUCGAAGGAAAUUUACAUCUGGAAGGGCAGCGGCUCGUUGCUACCCCUGGGGCCUGAGGAGUGGCAGCUGGAGAUCGAGGGGGCAGCGACCAAAUGUGCGAGAGAGGGUGAUCCAGUCAGUACGACCAUCUCUCCUCAUCUUCUGACGACAGUUGCAGGGAUUUGUUGGGCAUUUGGGAGUGGGCAUCGAGGGGUGGUCCUCACGGGUCGUCCAGGUGCUGGGAGGAAGUCAGCAGCGAAACUGGCUGCAUCAUUCUCUUCCCUAAGAUUGAUUGACGCUGGCCCCGGGAGGGGGCGAGUUGGGGUGAGAGCUGCUGUGCAGGCAGCUGGAGUCGACGGGGAGCCAACGCUGUUGCUCCUGGAAGAGCAUCACGCCAGAGAGGAGGGGCUGGCAGUCCUGGCUGGAGUGAUGGUUUCUAGGGGAGAAAUCCCCGGACUGCUGUCUCCUGAAGAGCUUGACGGCCUCGUUGCACCCCUGAACGACCUCGCGAGGAAGGAAGACUUCACUGGAACUCUUGAUCAGUUCCUUUACCAUAGACUGAGGAAGCUCCUUCACGUCGUCGUCAUCCUGGACUUGUCUGAUGUCAGGAGAGAGUGGUUAAUCCAGUCUGGACUGCUUCAGCACUGCGUCCUCGUGGCGGCGGCGCCUGGGGGCGAGUGGUGGACUAUCGAGGGGUCACUAAUGGAAUUGGGGACUCGGGUUGAUAAAUCGAUGGGCGGGGGCGAGGAAUCGGCGGGAAUGAAGGCUUUGGUGGAGGCUCAUCUGCGGGCGCCCAAGGGGCAACAGUCACCUGGGAGAUUCCUGGCGCUGCUGAACACUUGGAGAGAGCUCAAGGACGAAUGGAGUCACGAUGUGGAGAGGAAACUGGAGAGUCUUGAAGCCGGCAUUGGGCGGCUGAGGGAGGCGGGGGAGAGGGUGGCGAAACUGGAAGAGGAGGCGUCGAAACAACGAAAAGAACUUGAGGAAGAGAAAGGCCGCGCAAAUGCAGCUCUCGAACAGAUAACCGCAACGAUGCGUGGUGCAACUGGUCAACGUGGAGAAAUGUCGACAUUGAAAGCGGACACUGAGAAAGAGAGUAUCGAUCUGGCCAAAAGAAAGGCAGUGAUUGAGAGGGAGCUGGGUAAAGUUGAGCCCCUGGUUGAGGCUGCAGCCCAAGCGGUGGCGGGCAUCGGUGCGGACGCCCUGGCCGAAGUCAGAUCACUGCGGGCACCCCCAGCCGCUGUUCGAGACGUACUCGAAGGUGUUCUGAGGCUCAUGGGAAUCAGAGAUACGUCCUGGAACAGUAUGAAGACGUUUUUGGCUAAGAGAGGUGUUAAAGACGAAAUCAGGACAUGGGAUGCGAGGAGAAGCACCCCAGCGAGUCUCGAAGCAGUGGCAAAGCUGAUAAAAGAGCGUCCAGAAUCAUUCGAGGAGAAAACAGCGAAGCGGGCGUCAGUGGCAGCAGCACCGCUGGCUGCCUGGGUCCUGGCGAAUCUCCAAUACGGUCAGAUCCUCCAGCAAGUGGCCCCCCUCGAGCGCGAGCAGCGUCAGCUCUCGGAGAAGCUCUCAGCAGCAGAAGCCCAAAUUGACAAGCUAGCAGCGGGUCUCAACUCGGUGGAAACCCGUGUCGCCCAACUGCAGGAGCAGCUUGCCGAGCACUCGAGGGGUGCAGCGGCCCUGCAACUUCGAACAGAAGCGACCGAAGCUAGUCUGUCGACAGCGAGGGCCCUUCUCCAGAAAUUGGACGUGGAGCACAGCGACUGGCAGACGCAGUUCGAGGCUCUGACGUCGAGGAGGACUCGCCUGGACGUGGAGGCAGCUGAGGUCGCGUCCUUGAUCGUGUAUCAAGACCCGGGGAGGGACGACAAGUGGAAGAAGUCAGCACUGGAGCUGUUGGUAACCGAGAGGGAACGUCUGCUCUGGCGAGCCCAAGACCUGCCGACUGACACUGGGAGUCUGGUGGGGGCUGCCUGCGCUCUCAAGGGGCCCCUCGUCCCCCUCUUCAUGGACUCUUCAGGUAUUGCUGUGACGUGGCUCAAGGCUAACUUUGGAAACCGCCUGGAGUCGACAAAGCCCGAGGACUCUAAGUUCCUGACAACUCUGGAGCUCGCUGUUCGCUUUGGAAAGCCGCUUCUGGUGGAGGAGGUGGUGGAACUGCCGGCGAUUCUGCUGCCCCUGUUGAGAAAGAGGUCCCUCAGGCUUGGGGACAGAACCCUUCCAGCUCAGAGUGGAUUCAAGCUGUUCUUGGCAACGCGAAGGGACGGGCUGGAUACUCUUCCCAGUGAGGCUGAUGCUGUUUUAUUCAAGAUCACUCUCGGCGCGGGGAGCCGCAGUCUCGCUGAGAGAUUCGUCGAGAAGGCGUUGUUGAGGGACACCCCAGAGCUGGAGAAGCAGAGGAGAGAGGCCCUGGAGCUUGAGGAGAAGCUCUCUGGGGAGAGGGACGCAGCGAGAUUGGAUUUGUUGGCUCAGUUGGGGGCCGCCAGGGGGCAGGAUCUUCUGCAGGAGAGCCAGGACGGGGGUUUACUGAGUUCUUUGGAGACUACGCAAGCCAAGGCGAGGGAAAUCGCCAAGGCCCUCGAGGAGAGCCGGCGGAGGAGGGAGGAAGUCUCCAAGAGGUCCAAGGAGCACGAGAAACUCGCCAAGUUUGCGGCUGGGGUCUUCAAGGCGGUGAAAAGUCUCACUGCUCUCAGCCCUCUCUACGUAUUCUCAGUUGAUUCCUUCACGGAGAUAUAUCUGGAGGCUGAUGCACAACGGGGACAGGGGGGCAGCAGUGAUGCGAAGGAACAAGAGAGUCUCGUGGAGAAAAAGCUGAUUUCCCUGACACUCCACCACUGCAGCAAGGCUGCGUACCGAAAACACAGGCUCCCCCUAGCCCUCCACCUGUCGUUAUCCCUCGACCCAGUUCCCGAGAACGAGCGAAAUCUCCUGCAAGACGGAGUAGUGCUCAAGAAAGAAGACGAAGACUCCAGAGUCCCCGAGUGGGUCCCUGAGGAGCGAAAGUCCGCUGUGAAAGCCCUCGCCUCGACUCUCCCCCAGGUCGCAUCGAAAAUAAAGUCCGAUUGGCUGGAGGACCCGAAGAACAUCUACAGGGAUCCGACCCUGACGGCUUUCCAGAAGGUCCUGGCCGUUCAGGCGCUGCGACCUGACCAUCUCCACAGUGCUCUCACGAAAUUAACGGCGGAGCAGCUGGGAGUGAGGGAUCUAGCCCCACCCCCCUGGAGCUUAGAGAAAAUUUCCGAGAAGGGACAGAGGCCGGUUUUACUCCUGCUUUCCCCCGGCGCCGAUCCUGGACCUGAAUUGAGGGCUCUCGUCUCACGAUUCAAACUGCCUGAGGGCUUCAUCGAAGUUUCAUUGGGGCAGGGACAGGUGGGGCAGGCUGAAGCUGCUCUGGAGAGAGUCUGCAGAAAUGGUGGAUGGUUGUUACUCAGCAAUCUCCAGCUAGCCCUCAACUGGCUCCCCCGACUGGAGAGUCUCCUCCGAAGUUCAAUGUGCACCAAAGACAAGAAUCCUGCUACUCGUAUUUGGCUGACUACAGAAGAAUGCAGGGGAUUUUACCCAGGGCUCGCUGGAAUCUGCGAGAAGUUGGCUUAUGAGCCUCCAGAGGGUGUCAAGAGGAACCUGAAGAGAUCCUUGAAGCAAUUGCAACAGCAGAAGAGUCAAGGAAAUAAUUCUGAGGGGCUUUUCGUACUCGCUUGGCUUCACGCUGUUUUACAGGAGCGAAGAAGAUUCGUUCCUCAAGGGUGGAUUCGCCCUUACGAAUGGAGUGAAGCAGACCUCGAGGCAGCUCGAGAACUAGUAGUGAGUGACCCCCAGACCCCAAAGUCAGAAGUUAAUCUGGACUGGGAGGAGGGUCGAGGGCUGUUGGACGUCGCGAUUUACGGUGGUCGACUCCAGGAUGAGUUCGAUAUGCGAGCACUGGGUGCCAUCCUGAGAAACACCUGGGCCAAAGAGGUCUUCCAAGGGCAAAGCAAACUGGCAGGAAUUCUAUCGGUUCCAGAGGCUUGCAGGAGAGACACUGCCAGAGCCAUCGAGCAGUUGCCAGACUCUGACGCACCUGUGGAGUUCUUCGGACUUCCUGCCAACGCCCUGAGAGCCUGGGAGCGAUCCGCCGCGGAGACAGCAAUCUCUGUGCUAAAGUCCAUGAGCUCGAAGGCCUCUUCGAGCAUCGAGAGGAGAGCUGCGAGGAGAGUUGAGUCGAAACUGCUGAGGGAUUUGAGUAAUUACAUUGAACAACAGAAUUCGCAGGUCAAGGGGGCUGAGGGUACCCAGAGGGGAAAUAAUCCUGUGGAGAAUUUCUUCAUUGACGAGAAGAGACUGCUGAACAGAUUGAUACAGCUGGUUAAGAGCGAUCUUGAGAAUUCUGGGGUGGAUGGGGGAAAGACCCCCAAAUCCUGGCUGGAGGAGUGGCCCAGUGCGCCCAGGGAGGCUUUACUCUUCGUCAAUGAAUUAUUAACGAAACACAGAGUUCUGAAUGCUAUGGAGAAUGGAAUUCCUCGGACUGUCGACCUGUCUUCUCUCACCAGAGCUAGGGCCUUUCUAGCUGCACUCAAGCAAUUUACUGCUAGAGAGUCCGCGUCUCCGCUGGAGGGACUCGUGCUGAGGGCUCACUGGGUGCAAGGGGCUGAGAGGAAAGAGUGGGAGAAUUCUAUUGUCGUUGAGGGACUGCUUAUCUCAGGUGCAGUAAUCAGAGAGGGUUUCCUACGCGAAUUAGACUCAAAUGCACCCCCGAUUGUAGCCGCACCUUGCUGUCAACUAUCAUACGUACCUGGAGAGACGGAUGGAGACGAUACAAUAUACAAUAGACACAGUUUGAAGCAUCAAAUGCUAGAGAUUCCUGUUUACUGUGAUUCAGAGAGAAAUGAACUCAUCUGCUCACUUCCAGUUGGAUGCCCCAGUGAGGAUCGCGACGAGUGGCUGAGACGAGGGGUUACUAUUCAUCUUGGAGGACAUUAGUCAAUUUCAAUCUAUUCUUGAGUUAUUAUCUCCUAGUCACUACGGUAAUGUAGAUUAAUUUCCAUUCACUUCGAUAAUUAACUUAUGACGAGUGAAUAUUACUAUUCGUAAAGUGCUUUAUUAUCGUAAAAUUUAAUAAACUUUACAGCGCAAAAAAGUCUCUGUAUUUAUUCGUUUUUUUUUCCAUUUUUAAUCGAAGA